GGAAGGGAGCACAGUUCAGUAAUCGAACGGGACCCAGGAGAGCAGCGGCGGCAGUGUCCAGGUUCCAGGAUCCCGCACCUCGCAGCGGUAAGACAACAGACGCUGAGCACCAUGUUCACAGAGGUGCUGCUUGGUCUAGUGAUCGGAGGACUUAUCUUCUUCCUGGUUCAGAGGAGCAGGAACCAGGUUCUGAAGAUAGAGGAUGGCUGGUGGGGGGCUGGAGCACCUCCUGAUGGCGAGGAGGACGUCACCAUUCGACCAUUUAGAGUCACCACCAGUGAUGAAGAGCUGAAGGACCUGUACAGCCGGAUAGACCAGACGCGUCCUGUUGCCUCAUUGGAGGACAGCCAGUUUAAUUAUGGCUUCAACUCCCACUAUCUGCUGAAGGUGGUCUCUUACUGGAGAAAUGACUUUGAUUGGGGGAGACAAGUUGACAAACUCAACCAGUACCCCCACUUUAAAACCAAAAUCGAAGGCAUUGAUAUCCACUACCUGCAUGUGAAGCCCAAGAAGGUGCCAGAUGGAACUACUGCUAUUCCUCUGAUAAUGGUCCACGGCUGGCCUGGCUCCUUCUAUGAGUUCUAUGGGUUGAUCCCUCUGCUGACAGAACCAUCAGAUCCAGACGACCUCGUGUUUGAGGUGGUGUGUCCCUCCAUACCAGGGUACGGCUUCUCUGAAGCACCAAAUAAGAAAGGCUUUGAUUCGGUUUGUGCGGCAAACAUCUUCCACAAACUUAUGAAGCGUCUGGGCUUCCAGCAGUUCUACGCUCACGGAGGAGACUGGGGAUGGCUGGUCACCACCAACAUGGCUCAGCUGGAACCCAAGUCAGUCAAAGGCUUGCAUGUGAACUUUGCCCCACCCUCUAAGCCCGGUCUGCCCAUGACUUUAUCCAUCCUGCUUGGCCGUCGCUUCCCUAAGCUCUUCGGCUUCACUGACGUGGAUAUUCAGCGUCUCUACCCUUGCAUGGAAAAACUGGUGGUGGAGUCCAUCAAAGAGUCCGGCUACAUGCACAUUCAGGCCACCAAGCCUGACACUGUGGGUCGAGGACUGAAUGACUCUCCAGUGGGUCUGGCUGCCUACAUCCUGGAGAAGUUCUCCACAUGGACGGACCGUGACUUCAGGAACCUGGAGGAUGGAGGACUCACCAGGAAGUUCUCUCUGGACGACCUGCUGACUAAUGUUAUGAUCUACUGGGUGUCUGGAUGCAUCAUCUCAUCCAUGAGGUUCUACAAGGAAAACUUUGGCAAAGGCCUGGACCAGCCCCACUCUAAGAUCCCGGUUUAUGUUCCCACCGGGUUCGCGUGCUUCCCCAACGAGCUGAUGCACACGCCCAAACUGUGGGUCACACAGAAAUACCGUAAACUCGUCACCUACACUCCCAUGGUCCGCGGCGGCCAUUUUGCUGCCAUGGAAGAGCCCCAGCUGAUGGCCGAGGACAUCCAGAAGUUCACCAAGACAGUGGAGAAGAAAAAGCAGUAGUUGACAGUGAACUGAUGAACAGGUGAAUGAACUAAAAGUAGAGAAUGAAAGUGCCGAUCAGCAGAGAAGUGUGGUGAGCAGUGACAAGACACUUUUAAUGUGUUACCAGGUCAAAAGAGUUAAGAGCUGCCGUGCUUCAUUAGUAUCUAACAAAUCCAUAGCUUCAUGUGUCAGUGUAGUUUAAAGUCAGGAACUGGACACCAGCGUCAGUGUCUCUGACUCACAACAAGCCUUGUAGUCUUGAGAACAGUUUGCUAAGCAGCUGCAGAUGGGAGGUCAGGGGGCACUUGGUGUUGUAGUGUUGACAGCAUUCCUCUAACUACUAACAUAAAACAUUUACUUUACUAAAGCCACAACCAUGAUGCUACAUGAUUUGCCUCAAACCUUCAAAUUAUGCUUGAUUUUUUAAAUUUAAUUUGCUAGUGUUUGUAACAUGCAUGUCUCAUUGAUUGACUAUGAUUUGCUAAACUUCAACCUCAAGACUAGAAGCUUCUUCUAAAGGUUUUUUAUAUUCACUGCUUUGAUAUAUUAAGAAGAGUGAAAAUAUAUUUUCAGAUUAUCUGUAUUCAGAAUAUACAUACUAUGUAAAUGAUUGGAAAUUAACUCAUUAGAGAUGUUUUUCUUUUCCAACUUCUUCAAUAGUAUUUCCAUUCACAGUUAUGUUAAAAUCAGACCUUUCCCUUUUUAGACUUUGUCAUUUAAAAUGAAUUGCAGUGUCUGCUACCAUUUCAAGAUGAGCAGAAUGACAUGUUGUAUCUCUGAUCAUGACGUUUUAUUUUUGACCAGAUAAAGCUGAGUACUGAAUA